AUGGAUGUCAAGUCCAUCAAAGUCAAACAUAUCGAACACAAAAAGAUAAUGAAAGUUGUGAAGGAGAAAGAUGUGGAACGACUUAACAAGCAACUGAAAGGGAUUAAAGGUGUAGCAGAAACUCUCGAAACCGAUAUCAACAACGGAAUUCUUGAUGAUGAAAAGAAGAUUGCUCGACGACGCAAAAGAUUCGGUUCGAACGCAUACAAGAAGCCGCCUCCGGAGGGUUUUCUACCUUCCAUAUGGCGACCUCUACAAGAGUUUGCCAUUUUAAACAACUUGGUGAACAUUCUUGCAGCUCUUAUCCUUUUCAUCGCUGCCUCUGCAGUCGGAAGGUACAUACCCUCAGCUCGAAAGUCUAAAUUGAUGAUGAAUGGUAACAAAUUUGAAGUUUUGAGAGGUGGGAGAAGAAGGAAGAUUUCGAUAUCCGAAAUCGUUGUCGGAGAUGUGGUUUGCUUGAAGAUCGGAGACAAAGUUCCAGCAGACGGCUUGUUCUUAAAAGGUCAUAACCUGCAAGUAGAGGACGGUGAGGGUGGUGACAACGUACAUGUUGUUAGCGAGACGAAUCCAUUUCUGUUUUCUGGUUCUCAAGUUGUUGACGGUUAUGGCUGCCAGAUGAUGGUCACUUCAGUUGGAAUGAAGGCAAAGUGGUGCAAAACGAUGAGGGAACACAGCCGCGAUAGAAAAAGCGAGGAGAGAAUCGCCACAGUAGAAAAACGAUUGAACCGGCUCAUUGCUUCGAUUCGCAAGAACCUUGCUUUACCAAUUGCUUUGAUAGGCUUCGUAGUCGUGACCAUCAGAUACUUCACCGGGACCACCAAAGGCAUCGACGGAAAUCAGGAGUUCAGUGACGGUCACAUCACGCAUGGUGGCUUUUUCGAUUCUUCAGUGCUGAAAUUUUUAGCGGCUGCUUUCACCACUAUUGUGGUUGCGAUCCCAGAAAGCUUGCGACUGUGCGUGCCGCUCACUAUUUACUAUUCGAAGAAGAGAAUGGUGGCUGGCAUGGAAAUGGUGAGUGACCUCUCCGGAUGGGAAACCAUGCCGUUUGUCACCACCAUUUGUGCGGACAAAACAGGCACUCUCUCCAUGAACCAGAUGAAGGUCGAUAAGUUUUGGGCAGGCAGGUACUCUUCGGAAAACGAAGCUUACUUCUUGAAUGCUUCUAAUUCUUUUAAAAAAUUAUUGGAGGAGGGAAUCGCUCUGAAUACAAGUGUUAGAAAUGGUACCCCAACUGAUAAAGCAGUUAUUUCAUGGGCAGUUCAUGAGUUGGAUAUUGAUAUGGAAGUGAGAAGCAGGUGUACAGUUCUUAAAUACGUUGUUUUCGAUUCGGAGAACAUACAAAGUGGGGUUUUGAUCAAAAGGGUAGCAGACAACACAGUCCACGUUCAUUGGAAAGGAGAAGCAGAAGCGAUUCUAGCGAUGUGUUCGAGCUACUACGACAGUUCGGGAACAACCAACGAGCUGGUUGAUACACAAAGAGCGGAAUUCCGGCAAAUCAUUCAAGGUAUGAAAGAGAGCAGCCUCCAUUGCAUUGCUUUUGCACACAAUAAUGUUGUUACUGGAGAUGAUCAGGGUGGACAACAAGAAACGCUGAAAGAAGAUGGUCUAGUACUACUUGCACUGGUGGGUGUCAAAGAUCCACGUGGUCCGGAAUUGAAUGAAGCCGUUAAAGAUUGUCGAAAUGCGGGAGUAGAUGUCAAGAUGUUCACCAGUGAUGAUCUAUCCAGCGCAAUAGACAUAGCUAGGCAAUGUGGAAUACUCGGUCCAGACCGGGACAACAACACAGUAGUAAUGAAAGGUGAGGAGUUUCGAAGCUAUUCUCAAAGGGAAAGAAUGGAAAAAGUUGACAAUAUGGAAGUGAUGGCAAGUUCAUCUCCUGAUGAUAAACUCCUAAUGGUGAAAACUUUGAAGAAACAAGGCCACAUCGUUGCAGUUUGUGGUAAUACCACAAAUGGUGAUGCAUUGGCAAUGUUAGAAGCUGACGUUGGAAUCUCAAUGGGAAUCCAAGGACGAGGCAACACCGAUGACGUCCACGUCAGCAGCGAGAAGAUCUCUGAUAUUGUAAUCCUGGAUGGUAAUUUUGCAACGGUGCCUAAAGUUUUGAGAUCGAGUUUGGGCAUUUACAACAACAUCCAGAGAUUCAUACAGUUUCAGCUCACUCUCAAUCUUGCUACUCUUGCUGUAUUCUUUAUUUCAGUUGUUUCUGCAGGUGAAAUCCCAUUGAACACCACCCAAGUACUGUGGCUCAACUUGGUUAUAAACACACUGGCUUCUCUGGCUCUCGCCGUGGAUCAAAUGCCCCCUGACAAAGAACUUAUCAGAUUCAGAAGGCCACAACAACUUAAGGGUAGGAGAGAGAAAGUGCCGCCACUCAUAUCAAACACCAUGUGGAGGAAUAUCUUGGGUCAAGUUCUGUAUCAGAUUGCUGUCGUUUUGGUUUUACUCUUCCAGGCCAAAUCGUUUUUUGGUGUACAAGGUAUUGCCGAAAGGAACAGCUUGAUCUUCAAUGCUUUCAUGCUCUGCCAAGUUUUCAAUGAAUUCAAUGCAAGAAGUCUAGGUGGGAUUAAGAGCGUGUUCAAAGGAAUACACAGGGACAUAUCGUUUCUGAUUCUUGUAGCAAUAACAAUUUGUGUUCAGAUAGCGUUUGGGGAAUUAUUUCUGUACAAUGACAGUGAUUAUUUUGUGAGGUUGGGGGGGUGGCAAUGGUGUAUGUGUUUUGGAUUUUCAGGGAUUUCUUGGCCUAUCGAUUGGGGGGUCAAGUACGUACCUGUUCCGGAGGAACCGCACAUGGACGAAGAGGGUCGAGUUUUCUAUGUUGUGGAAACACGGGCGCAGCCAGGAAAUGUAUUGGUGGAAAGACGGGUGGAGCCAGGAAAUAAUCGCUAG